AUGUUGCUAUCAUUCCUUGCUCUUCUCUCUCUACCGGUCUGUCUUUAUGCUGCAAAGCCCUCGCAACAGACCCAUGAACGCCUCGUGAAGCUCGCCGCUGAAAACAACGGCGUCAUCAAGCUUGACACCGAGCUAUUUAACCUCCUCACCGCCCCCAGCCGAGACUGGUCAUCCUCUAUCCAAUUCACAGCUCUCGACAAGAGGAGGAGAUGUGCACCAUGCAAGGAGUUCGACCCAUCCUUCGCCUCUGUAGCGAAGGCUUGGUCCUAUGUAUCAAGAAAUGACCGGGACAAGCACUUUUUCGCGACUCUGGACUUCGAUAAUGGCAGCCCGGUAUUUCAAAAGCUUGGUCUUACCUCGGCCCCCGUGGUCUACAACUAUGCUCCGACUGAAGGUGACCGUAAGCAAGGUCCGGGGAAAAUGAACCCUGUCUCCUACGAUUUCUCUUCAGGAUUUGACGCGGAACCUCUUGCGAUCCAACUCUCCGCUCUGACACCUGUCCCCAUCCCCUACCGCGCCCCCAUCGACUGGGCCCUCUGGGGCACUGUUGGCACCCUUGGCCUCGCAUUCGUUCUUGCUAUCCGGUUCCUGGCCCCCAUCCUCCGCAGCCGCUGGACCUGGGCGGCCAUCACUGUCCUCACCUCGCUCGUCAUGACGUCCGGCUUCAUGUUCACGCGUAUCCGCAACAUGCCUAUGACGGCGGCCAAUGGUCAAUGGAUCGCUCCCGGCUUCCAGAAUCAGUACGGUCAGGAGACGACCGUGGUCGCCACGAUUUACGGUCUUUUGGCAGCAUCGUUCCUGAUGCUGACGCUCGUCGCCCCGCUGCAAGGCUCUCCAUCUAGGCAACGAACCCAGAUAUAUCUGUGGUCGGGGGUGAUCCUCAUCCUAUUCUCGGUACUUGUUUCCUUCUUCAGGGUCAAGAACAGAGGGUAUCCAUUUAAGCUGUUCCUGUAG